AUGGAAGAGCAGCGCCCAAGCCAUCUCUGCCCGAUUUGCCGCCAUAUCCUGCGCCCCGUCGUGUUGGCCCAGCCAACCGCGCAGACGUUUGAGGUGUUUGUAGAUGCCGUCGAGAAGCGCUGCGUCAUCUGCUUCGUCGUCUGGAACCUUAGCCACGACUGUCGCCAUCUAUGGGUCGCGUCGCCCCAGCUCUGGAAGCCGCUGCAGUACAGGCCCUACAAAGACUACGACGCCGCCAGCGUCAUCAACAUACUCGUCGUAUACCACAAACCAGCCUCAAACCAGGUGGCCGAGGUCGAGUUUCGCUUGAUACCUAUCAAUGACCCGGAGUUUCAGGAACAGCGCCAACUUCCACAUGUUGCAGCCCAAGUCUCGCCAGAAGCAACACUGGCCUUAGGACAGAGUUGGCUAGCCAACUGCAUGUCCUCUCACCCGGGCUGCAGUCAGCAGCAACAUGGUAUGCAGAAAUGGCACCCAACUCGACUCGUCGACGUGGGGACCCAAGACUCGGCUAUUUGGAAGGUCUGUCUUGUCGCUCAAGACGGCGUCUCGCCGCCAUGGGCGGAGUACUUAACUCUGAGUUAUCGCUGGGCCCCAAACCCAAAGAUUCUCCUCACUUCAUCCAACGUGCAGGAGCUCCGACAGCUCGGGCGCCCCAUCAGCACUCUUCCCAUUCUCUUUCGAGAUGUCAUCGCUGUUGCUCGGCAUUUUCGCGUCCGCUAUAUAUGGAUCGACGCGCUAUGCAUCAUGCAAGACUCGCAAGCCGAUUGGGAAGCCGAGGCUCCGACGAUGCAGCACGUAUACUCUAAUUCGUCGUGCAACGUUGCCGCGUCGGCGUCACGAUGUCCCGAUGAGAGUCUCUUUCAGCCUAGAGACGUGGACAUGAUUCGGCCCGGCUUGGUGGAGAGCUCUCUCUUCUCCUCCCAGUCGGCUGUCCACUACAUCUUAGACGAGUCAUACUGGGAUCGGCAGAUGCUCAACAGCCCAUUGCAAAACCGGGGGUGGGUUUUCCAGGAACGCUUUCUGGCGCCGCGCGUCCUCUAUUUCGCUCACCACCAGCUUUUAUGGGAGUGUUUUACCAGCCACAGAUGCGAAGUGUUUCCGCAGGGCAUUCCCACCCAUUGGUCCUCCGCAGACGCAGGAAAGAUGAGCUACGAUACGCUUCGAUUGUGGACCGACCUCGUCCAGCAGUACUCUCACUGUCAGCUGUCGAAGCCCUCGGACAAGCUCUUUGCCAUGGCGGGCAUCGCAAAGCUUUUCCAAGAGACGACGGGCGACGAGUAUCUCGCCGGCCUGUGGAGAUCUCGCCUCCCUGCCAUGCUAGACUGGCGGGUGCAUGUCCCCCAACCUCGCCAGAAUCUCGAGCACAUGGCGCCCUCUUGGUCAUGGGCCUCGGUCGGGGGACUCGUGAGACCGUACGGCAUCUCGCUCGACGCCGAGUUGCUUGUCGAGCUUAUAAGCGCCCAAGUUGUGACUCGGACGCCUGAUCCAAUGUCGGCCGCAGAGGGCGGUUCUAUUACCCUCCGAGGCCGGCUCGUGCGUGUUGUCUGCCGUGUUGCUGGGGCACACCUGGUUUCUUUCGAGUUCAUGGACCGUAGCCCUGCUAAGCCUCGAUUCUCUGUCCAAGUGUUUCCAGAUUUCUCGGAUACAUGCUUGGAGCAAGGCAGCAUCGUCUCUUGCAUGCCGCUCAAGCUGGACUAUUACACAGACGAGUCGGAUGGCAGCAAACGACCACACAUAUUCUGCCUGGUUUUGGAACAGAUUCCUGAGGAGCCAGAAUGCCAGAGGCGGUAUCGAAGAAUAGGUCAUUUCGUCGUUGACAGCUGGGGCAAGACGGAAAUGUUUUGCUCUGGAGAGCUGUCCGUGUUUGACAUUGUCUAG